AUGGAGCCAGACCACGAACAUGGGUUGGAGGGAGAGGGAUCCAGCUCGACCAAUCGCGCCAAGAAACAACGUCUCUCUCGCAAAUAUCGCGGUCUGACAUGUGCCAAUUGUCGCAUCAAAAAGGUUCGCUGCGAAGGCAGUCAGCCAACUUGCAAGACAUGCGAAAUCUAUCACGUCGAAUGCCGCUAUGACAAACCACCACCCCUUUCACAGGUUGUCGCCAUGGCCAAGAAGUUGCAAGAGGCAGAACAGACAAUUGAGCGUCUGCAAGGGACCGAAUCAAUGGCUGCGCGAUCAGAGAUGAGGCCAAACCCUAUUAACAAUGAAGUAGCACACACAUCUCAAUUCACGACCGACAUUCUACCUCCCAAUGUGCAAUUGGUACCAGCCAAUCAAACGAGACCCCCAAUCGACGUUCCAUUGGAAUCUUUUCAGAAUCAUCAGCCCCAACAAGACAUUGAAAGCUCUGCUGGUUCAGCGCCCGCAAUCACAGGCACGCCCCAGGAGUCGCUGGCUAGAGAUAUAAGCGUUGACGAACACGGAAAGAUAUGUUACUAUGGCCCAACUUCUGCAGUACACGAACCAAUAGGCCUAGCAUCCCCUUCGACCAAUUCCUUGGGCCGUGGUGACAACUCCAGAAGGAGCAAUCUUCGCGCUUAUCUGGUAUCACGAGCUAGGGAAUCUACAGUCUGGGAGGACUUUGCAUUGGGGAACACUGCAAUACAGCUUGGUCUUCCUCGUCAAGUCAUUGCAAAGCUACUACAUCUGCAUUGGACUUGGGUUGCACCAAUGUUUAUGUGGGUGUAUAGACCAGCAUUCAUGCGUGACAUGACGACCGGUGGGCGCUACUAUUCCGAGCUUCUCCUCCUCGUGCUCUGCGCUCAUGCCUCUAAAUACUACGACAGCAGCCAUGCCCAACUCCUUUUUAAUCGCGUGCGACUACUACUCGGUGAAGAGAUCCAGAAGCCGAGCUCGAUUCCGACGAUACAAGCCCUCCUUCAACUAAGCGCCAGAGAGCUCGCACAGGGAGCCAUCUCGCAGGCGUGGCUAUAUAGUGGCAUGGCGUUUCGCAUGUCUGCUGAUCUUGGCCUACAACACAAUGGACCGGAUAUAGCCGAUCUCAAGGGACUGGAUCCCGUGGAUCUGGAAAUCCGAAAGAGGCUGUUUUGGAGUUGUUACUUUUGGGACAAAGCUAUCAGCCUCUAUACUGGGAGACUACCAGCAGUCACAGAGCUACCACAAAGUCCAAUUGACUUUAUGGACGAUUCAGCAGAAUCCGAUACCUGGUCGCCCUACCACGAAGAUACUUCUCCCCUUACCCGACUGGCACCUAAUCAAUACCCAGCAAUGCAGAGUCAUGCAGUUUCGUGCUUCGCAAACUCAUGUCGACUAUCAGUCAUCAUCAAUGACAUAAUUGUACAGCUAUAUGCCAAGAGAAGUCGAGAGAUGACCGAGACGUCCUUGAACGACAUCAAGGCUAGGCUAGAUAGUUGGCGAGCUGAGUCUCCAGCGCAUUUACGCUACGAUCCUGAGAAUUUGCCUACAGCCUGUCCACCACCACAUAUCAUCUCACAAAAUCUACUCUAUUUCACCACGGUCAUCUUGGCGCAUCGUCCUUUUUGGUCGGCCCCAGCUUACUAUCAGGUGUGCAUAAGCGCGGCAUUGAGCAUGGAAAAGCUUCUACUACUACUCGAAUCGACAUUUGGCUUCGAGAAUAUUACAUAUCUAAUGGGGUACUGCAUUUAUACUGGCGCAUCAGCAGUCCUUGAAGACGCCAAAAACAACGGCGGUGCAUCACACCCCACUAUGCAGACCUUCCUCAGGGCACUGAAUGGUGGCAUGGCCAGAUGCCCACUACUGGAGCGAAGCUUGCACAUCAUCAUCAAAGGCCUCAAACGAUCGCCGGUCUAUAGAGCACCAGCCGAGAAUUGCGUAUCUGACAACACUACCACAACUGCAGCUGUCAACAGUUACAUCCCAGCAUUCCCGUAUCUGGAGCCUGUAAGCCCUAAUGACUUUGAUAUGGAUGCGUAUCUUCACAGCAUGAUGAAUAUGGAUACAAUGGCUUCACUGGACUGUUAUCCCGAGUUACAAAUUGAUUUGGACGAAAUGAUGAGACAUGCCCCACCAUAA